GGGAGGCUCCGCAUAGCGCCCGGGGCCGCCCCCUGCCUGCCCCAGCGGGGCGGACGGGCAGCGGGGCGGCGGAGGCGGCGGCGGCGGCGGGGCGAUGGCGGGGCGGCGGCAGGCGCUGCUGCUGCGCUGCCUCCUGCUGGGGCUGCUGGGCGGCGGCGGCGGGGGCCAGCCCGGCGGCGGCGAGUACUGCCACGGCUGGGUGGACGGGCAGGGCGGCUACCACGAGGGCUUCCAGUGCCCCGAGGGCUUCGACACGGCGGCCGCCACCAUCUGCUGCGGCUCCUGUGCGCUGCGCUACUGCUGCGCCGCCGCCGAGGCGCGCCUGGAGCAGGGCGGCUGCACCAACGACCGGGAGCCCCCGGACCCGGGAGUCACCGCCCAACCCAUCUACGUCCCAUUCCUCAUUGUUGGAUCAAUAUUUAUUGCCUUCAUUAUCGUGGGCUCUCUCGUAGCGGUUUAUUGUUGCACAUGUUUAAGACCUAAACAACCGUCGCAGCCAAUACGAUUUUCUCUGCGGAGCUAUCAGACCGAGACUCUUCCCAUGAUCCUGGCCUCGACGAGCUUCAGGACGCCAUCGAGGCAGUCAAGUACAGCAACAAGCUCCAGUUCGACUGGCGGCUCGGUUCGCAGGUUUUCCUUUCCCCGGGCAGAGCCAGGGUGCCUUGUGUCAUCGCCACCUCCGCCGUACACAUCAGGCUGCUUCCAGACAGCCCAUGCAGUCCACCUGACCCAGCCGUCAGGAUUUCUGGUGUCACCACCGUACUUCGGGUAUUCUCUCCAGCCAGAGCCUGCCCUGGCUGGGAAGAGCUGCUCUGAUUUUAGUCAGAGCUGAAAGGAGUUGUCAAGAAACAACGCAGCCUUGGGAAGUGCAGGGACUGCUGCUGCUGGGUGUCGCACUGACGUGCUCUGGGGUUGCAGGAGUCCGAACUGUUCCCGUAGGUGAGUUGCCCUUGAAAAGUGCAAGGUCUUGUUUGGGAUCUCAUUUCCCAAAAUUGGAUCACACAGAUGAAUUACAAAAUAUUUCAAACUUAGUUGCUCUAAAAACUGACUGAUCUGAUUGUUCAGUUUGUGCAGAACAGAUUCAGAGACAGGUAACAAAACUAUUGGGAUAAAGGUACUCAUUUCACAGCAUUAUACAUGAUAUUUUAACUCUAAACACUAUUAACUUGGUUAACAAACAGUGGCUGUGUUCCACUGAUAAUAAUCAGAUUAGUUCUAUAAAGCAGCAAUAAGCCUAAGAAGAGAGGAGUAAUUUUAACUAAGGGGAAGAGUUGGCGGAUCCUGAAAACAGCUGACUGUUUUCCCUUUACACAAGCAAUGAAAACCUGAGGACGAACUUUGCUAUAGAUAUCAAAAUACAUAAUUUUAAAAAAAUACACAUAAUAUACUUGAACUUACACUGCGUAUUUGUAUUAGUAAACUUUAACUAAGAUAGACAAAACUAGUACUAAUUAGGCUAGUUGAAAACAUGCAAAUCCCAAGCAGCCAAAUAAUUAUCUAUGAGAAACGCAGAAGGUAUUCAGUAAUACCACUAAUAACUUCUCCUCUUAAAAUUCUAAAAAUGAUGUUAUAUUAAAGCAUUUUUCAAAAAUAAGUAUUUAUUGUUGGCUUUUCGCUCAGCAGCGUGUGUAAGUUGGACAAACUGAUCAUAAAGUUGUAUUUGUAAAAUUAGCCGUGUAUAAAAUAUAAAGACAAGCUUGUAAUUUAAAAUGUAUUUACGGCAUUGACAACACUAAUUAUUUAGUAGUCACAUGCAUAAAAGUUAUCAAUAAAGUGUCUGGUUGAAA